GUAACAAAGGGAUCUAUGGGGCAGCUGUGGGUCCCACCCCAUAGAUUCCCCCCAUAUUUCUCCCCUAUAGGGGUCUUCAUCUGUCGGGGGAAAGAAGAUGCGCUUGUUACCCGUAACAUGGUGCCGGGGGAGUCGGUGUAUGGGGAGAAAAGGAUCGCAGUGGAGGACGGUGAGAACAAAGUGGAGUACCGCGCGUGGAACCCGUUCCGGUCCAAAUUGGCGGCGGCCAUUUUGGGUGGUAUCGACCAGAUUCACAUCAAACCCGGAGCCAAAGUUCUGUAUCUCGGGGCCGCGUCGGGAACAACCGUGUCACACGUGUCCGACAUCGUGGGACCGGAGGGUCUGGUCUACGCAGUCGAGUUCUCCCACCGCUCAGGUCGGGAUCUCAUCAACGUGGCCAAGAAAAGAACCAACGUCAUCCCCGUCAUCGAGGACGCUCGACACCCCCAUAAGUACCGCAUGCUUAUAGGGAUGGUGGAUGUCAUCUUUGCUGACGUGGCCCAGCCCGACCAAUCCCGCAUCGUUGCCCUCAACGCCCACAAUUUCCUCCGCAAUGGCGGCCACUUCGUUAUCUCCAUUAAGGUAAUUAACCCCACUAAUUAACCCCCCCCUCACUAAUUAA